CUUCUGGUGAAGUUUGAGCAGAAUGUUCUUGUGUAUUUCAUCUGCAGACAGCUAAUUUAUAAUUACCCUGAACAACUCUUUGGUGCUGCUGGUGUCAUGGCUAUUGAGCAUGCAGAUUUUGCAGGUGUGGAACGCCUAGCUCUUGUCACAGGUGGUGAGAUUGCAUCCACCUUUGAUCACCCAGAGCUGGUGAAGCUUGGAAGCUGCAAACUAAUUGAAGAAGUCAUGAUUGGAGAAGACAAACUCAUCCACUUUUCUGGGGUUGCCCUUGGUGAGGCUUGUACCAUUGUACUUCGUGGUGCCACUCAGCAAAUUUUGGAUGAAGCGGAGAGGUCUUUGCAUGAUGCCCUUUGUGUUCUUGCCCAAACUGUGAAAGAUCCUAGGACAGUGUAUGGAGGAGGUUGUUCUGAGAUGGUGAUGGCUCAUGCUGUGGCAAAACUUGCCAGUAAAACACCAGGAAAAGAAGCUGUAGCAAUGGAGUCUUUUGCUAAAGCCUUGAGAAUGCUUCCAACCAUCAUAGCUGACAAUGCAGGCUACGACAGUGCAGAUCUGGUGGCACAGCUCCGAGCUGCUCACAGUGAAGGCCGAACAACUGCUGGGCUGGAUAUGAAGGAAGGUACCAUUGGAGACAUGGCAGUACUGGGUAUAACAGAGAGCUUCCAAGUGAAGCGACAGGUUCUUUUGAGUGCAGCUGAAGCAGCAGAGGUGAUUCUUCGUGUGGACAACAUCAUCAAAGCAGCACCAAGGAAACGUGUCCCUGAUCACCACCCCUGCUAAGCAUUCCCAUUGGCUGUUGAUCUCUGGACCAGUCCGUAGCAGAAUUGUAUUUGAAAGACUCAACCUUUUAAAGAAGACUGUGGAAUUGAUGUAUCCAUGAUAGUUUGAAUAUUUAGCUGACCUUUUGUUUAAACAUGGGUCUAAUUUAUUUGCUAUUUCAUUUUGCAUACAAUUCAGUUGACUUACAAGUUCAUUUCUCAUACUGUGUAUUAAAAUAAAAAUCCAGUUAUUAACUCUUAA